AUGAGGGUAGCGUCAGUGACGCCACGAAAGCGCGCGCUUUUUCCGGCAAGCCGAGCGACAGGAGAUAAGGUGCUUCCAACGAACCCCUUCACCGUGAGCAAAACCAUCAAUGCAGUUGCAAAAGAUUUCAACAGCGCAAAACCACAGCGCGAUGAAAAGAAGAAACUGCAAUACAUCUUGACAACUAGGGACGAGGAUGUUGUCGAGGUGAUCUUCCACCCAACUUUGAACCAACGCAAAUGCGUUGUAACAUGUAGAGAUGUAAUCGAUUUUAAAAACGAAGAACUAGCGAAAGAGCUUUCCGAUCAGAAAGUGAUCGACGUUAAGCGCAUAACCAGAAAAGACGGAGAAUCCAUUAUUCCUACACCAACACUAAUCCUCACAAUUCGCGGAACCGUUGUUCCCGAAUUCAUAUAUUUUGGCUUCAUUCGCGCUGGGACUCGGAACUACUAUCCGAACCCCAUGCAGUGCUUCAAAUGUUUUAAUUUUGGGCACACCAGCAAAAGAUGCAAGCGCGAGGACCCGCUAUGCAGAAACUGCAGCAAAGAACAUCCCAAAGACUUCGAUUCUAAGAUGUGCAACUCUCCAGCACUUUGCAUCAAUUGCCAAGGAAACCACUCCUCUUCUAGUAGGAAGUGUCCUAAAUGGCUUGAAGAAAAUGAAAUAACUAGGACAAGAAUAGAUCGAGGAAUCUCUUACAGAGAAGCCAAGAAUCUACUCACCCAAAACAAUGGUCCAACCUUUUCAAGCGUUUUACAAGAUAGAAUUAACAAAAUUCGGGCACCAAUGGCCGGCUGCAAGUGCAAAUGCAGCUGCGCCUCGGCCGCUUCGGCCGCUUCUAGUCGCGAAAGCACUCCCUCAGUUAUGGACACAACCAUGACCGAAUCGUCUACCGAAAGUUCGACAACCGAAUCAGAUAGCGAAUCGACCUCCACACCAAACAAGAACAACAACACCCCGAAGAAAGCUUCUCUUUCCAAGGAUAUGAUCCGUUCUCUCGGUUUGCAAUUGCAAGCUUUCGAUUAUGCUACCCAUACCGACGACGUUGGUACCGAGUGGCGCAAAUGGUUGAAGUCGUUUGAAACGAUGGCACGAGCGAGCCGAAUCAGCGACGACGAGUGA